ACCCGGAACAACAACAGUCUGAAAAGUAACACGCACUUCAUGUACAGUACUUAAAUUUGUGCAUUGCAGUAGUUAGGCGUUUGUUUGUUUUUAAAGCAGUCUGUGUUAACAGUUUUAUCUCCUUGACUGUGUUUGGAAACAAAAGUGUUGGACAUAAUUGCACUGCCUCUUAAAGUGUUUCUCCAUGGCUUCCUCUGCUCGCAUAAGACAUUACAUGCAUGAUAACGGACCAUUAAUUUUGGAUGGCGGACUAGCAACUGAACUGGAAGCGCAAGGUGUCAAACUACAGGGAGAUCCUCUGUGGAGCGCCAGGCUUUUGCAUACUAAUCCCCAGGCCAUAGGAGAUGCCCAUUACAGGUUUCUCCUUAGUGGAGCUGAUGUUAUCACAACGGCUACAUACCAGGCAAGUAUUACAGGAUUCAUCAAUCACCUGGACGUGAGCUUUGAGCGUGCCAGAGAGCUGCUGAUGUCUGGAGUUCAAGUGGCCAAAGACACAGUCGAGAGAUUUGUCUCUGACAGUCCCCCAACAGGGCAAAGAUGUCCCUUGGUGGCAGGCUCUGUUGGACCAUAUGGGGCCUUUCUGCACAACGGCUCCGAGUACACUGGGGCUUAUGCAGAGGCGAUGAGUAUUGAAGAGCUGAAAGUUUGGCAUCGGCCGCAGAUCGACUGUUUAGUCGCAGGAGGAGCCGAUUUAAUUGCUUUUGAGACGAUCCCAAGUAUCAAAGAGGCGGAGGCUCUGGUUGAGCUGCUCAGAGAGUUCCCGAACUCUAAAGCCUGGCUCUCCUUCUCUUGUAAGGAUGGGAAGUGUAUAUCAGAUGGCAGCCCGUUCACGGAUGCGGUGCAGAUUGCGACUAGAUCCACGCAGCUGGUUGCCGUAGGAGUCAACUGCUGCUCACCAGAGGUGGUGGAGCCGCUGCUGGACUCUGCCAGGUCUCUGCUGAGCCCAGACAUGACCUGGGUAGUCUACCCCAACAGUGGGGAGGACUGGGACACUGAGCAGGGUUGGCUAACAUCAGCGAAAGCACCAGCAGCAGUACCUGAACUAAGUCGCACAUGGAUGAGGCAAGGUGCUGCUUUAAUAGGAGGAUGCUGCCGCAUCGGUCCCGCUCACAUAGCGGAGUUACGGCGACAGUUAAAAGGAAGUUGCACGUCUCCAGCCUCUGCAGUGUGACUGGACAGAAAAUGUGAUGGUGUUUGUUGUGAUGAAUAAUGUCUGUUUAACGAGGUUAUAAAAAACUUAAUUUAUUGGAAAAAUGAAUAAAUAAACCACUACAUCAAAUGA